UAUAUAUAUAUUAUUACAACUGGAACAUUUCCUACACCAUAGUCUUUCAUUUAAAUGGUGGGAAAAUAAUUUUAUUAAUGUUGGACUUGAUUUCAUACAUUAAUGUUGAGUUAACUAGUUUCAUGCAUUAAAUCAGGUACUACCACAAAAUAUGCCUCCAAAAAUGACAUCACAACGAAAGAUGAUAGUAAGAGAAGACUCUUCCGAAGAUCUAGAAACAACCACAACCCAUAUAAGCUCCACUAAGAGAAAGAGGUCACUUAGGAAAAAAACAUUUGACACAGAGCAAUUAACACCACUCAUUAGCUUUUAUCAUACAUUGGCGAAAACACCCACUCAAACUUCAUCUACUCCAAUGUUAGAUUCACCACCAGCCAAUACUAGGGGAUCUCACAAAAGGGUGCUUGGGAAAACACAUAAAACUCCUAUAGAAGAUAAUCAUGGGUCAUUAAUGGCAACACGAAAGUCACCUCGCCUACAAUCAUUAGGGGUACAAGAUCUUGGAAGCUCAUCAAAAUCUAUUGCUGAUAACUGUGUUGUUGACCACAUAGAAGAACGUACAAAAAAGAGAACAAGAGGUCCAACUAAAAUGAAGUCUAUUGCAACUAAUAGUGAUGGUCGUUUGGAAGUGAAGUUUAAUUCCAAAGGACAACCAAUUGGUACAACAUCGAUAAAAUUGUCUUCUUUUUUAGGAGCACUUGUGAGAGAAAUUGUGCCAAUAACAAUAACUGAUUGGAGGAAGAUCACUCCAGGAAUGAAAGAAGUUUUAUGGAAAUCUAUACAGGCAAGAUAUAAGGUUGACAAAGAAUGGCAAAAGUACUAUGUCUUUAGAACAAUGGCAGAUCUUUGGAGAGCUUUUAAAUCAAGAUUGGUUUCUAAACUGAGGAAGGCACCCAAUGAAGAAGCAAGAAUGAACCUGAAACCUGAUAACAUCAACUCAGAAAUUGAGUGGAAAAGUUAUGUUAGAGAAAAAACUAGUGCUGAGUUUAAGGCCAAAAGUGAGAAAUUCAGAAAGAUACGGACAAAGCAAUUGCCUCACACUUGUAGCCGUAAAGCAUUUGCACGCUUGACUGAAGAAUUGGUAAAAUUAGAUCUAUUUGUAUGUGAUUUAUAA